AUGUUCAAGUGCCUCAUGGCCAAGAAGAAGAAAAACUCCAAAAACAUAAGCUGGUUGACCUUUUUACUAUUUCCCCCAUACUCCACCAUCAUAUCCACCAUCUACCACCAGCUUGUCGCUCUCGUGGCUGUGGUUGAGAAAGAGCAACCCAAGAUUGUUGGGCUCUUAGAGGCAGUAGAUGGAAUCAGACAAGCCCAUAUGGCCAAUGAAGAACUCAAAGGUAGCUUCACAUUCCACAUCUCCCUCAACACCUGGAGGUUCCCCACAUCCAGCUGCCAGUAUGACACAGGCUUCCCUGACUAUGUGAAGAGGGCAUGGCUGCAGUUUUGUGGCUCAAUGGCACAUCAAGUUCAGUUCAUGAUCCCCAUAUCAGGCAUCAUGAUAGGAGCAUCCGCUGUCCUAUUGACUCUGACAAAAACUGGGGAUAUCAUUCAGUUUUUGGCCCUAGCAACGAUCAUACUGUUCUCAGCAUUACUUAGCUUGGUCAUCUACCUAGUAUCAUAUGAAACAUUGGAUGACAGCAUCCAUUGUGCUCUCAUACUGACCAAGGUCUUUACAAAAGUGUCAGAGCCUGAGGAUGGCAGUUCAAUGGGGCUUACCUUCAUCAUGAUCACACUUUACCAUUUCAAAGUGGUAACCAACCAGCAUAUAUUGCAAAAAGUCUUCCUGGGCAUCCUCGGUGGCCUGGCUGCCAUUUGCGCCAUACUCAAUCUCAUCUAG